CACUAGCCACGACUCUAGGAUACAGGACGGACCAAUAGCUUCCACGCCGUCUUGACCUGAACAAGUGCAACUCUAUAGUUCCAUAAGCUGGAAAAUGGAACAAGAAUUUCCCGGAAGUAUUGAACUCCGGUGUGCUUUAGGGGAUUCCUAUGAACAUCAGAGCCUAAACGUGAUACCGCUUAGUUUUGAGCUGGGAGGUAACAUGAUAUCAGCUAGCAUGUUCAAUGAGAAGAAUGCAAUGUAUUACUUCAAAGGCUGUUCAGGAUCAGCCAGGAGGGCCUGGCCAUCGGCGGGCCCGCGCCUGGCAAGGCGACCGCCACCAGCAACUUCAUGACGCAGUUUCAGAAGAAGGUCUUGGACAAGAUCCUACGACUGUCGACUAUCACUGCAGACCACGGUGCUGUGGCAGCCGCAGUGGGAGCUGAGGCAGUGGAUACUGCGGCUAACGACAGUGAUGGUGCAGCAGCGAGAGCAGCCGCUGGGGACCACGAACAGGCGGUGGGUGGCGGAGAGGCUGCUGCCAUGGGCACGCAUGCCGUGGAUGGUGGCACGGGUGGCGGCCGCACAGCAGGCGUCGCAGCAGCAGCAACCGCAGGGGGGGACACCGGCACGGGUCCCAGGCAGGGCGAGGCGGGCGUUGCCCAGGACGAGGAUACCACCAACUACGAUGCGUUCAAGGAGUGGGUCGAAGUUACUACGAACAUAGUGCAGGUGUACAUCGUCUCUAAGGGCAACACCGACAAGCCGAAGGACUGGGACCGCUUCCAAUUGUUCCAGCCCUUCAUCAGCUGCCCGCCAGGGCGGCCGCUGCGGCGUGUGGGUCCCGAGGGUGAUGGCGGCAAAUGGCUCUGUGAGCCCGCUGCCCUAAAGGAACCGUGCACCGUCGUUUCCAUGGGCAGCAACAUGGAUUUCAGGUAG